AAUUGUAAUUUUAAUUUCUUGAAUAUAUUUUAACAUUAUUCCAAAACCACGGUGAAAACAGUUUGUUAAAAUACGAACCCUUUUUUCCUGCACCAUUUACAAAACUUUUUUUACGCAACAAGCGAAAUAAGCGCAUCACAACAGCCACACACACACACACACACACGUUGUGCAAUCCCGACCCGAUCAGCUGUCAACAGCCGUACGGCAGGUUGGGGGUGUGCAGAAUCCAAAACAAAGGCACUUUUCACUUGUUUAUUUUUCUCCGCCUCCGUUUCCUGCUGGUGCUAAAUUUGAGCACCGUAAAACAAUUUAAAACAACACGAGCUGUGCCGUGAUUACAUCGGAUCGGAGCAUAGCAAGGAGCAUAGGUCGUGUGACAACACGUAUCAACACGUGAAGAGGAACGUGGAAUGCUGGUUCUGUGAAUCACCAAUCAGUCGGAAGUGCUGCGGCAGCAUGUAAGACACAGAGAGAGAGAGAAAGAGAAAGGAAGCUGUUUAUCAGCCCUUCAUUGUGUGCCACAAAUAGGCAACCGUCCCUGUGUGUGAGUGUCUUUUUUCUCACUCUUUCCCCCUCGGUGCGCACAGUGGCACACGUCUUAUCAGUUGUAGGGCGCCAUCAUUGCGUCGCCGUUCUGAGACACUGACAACAAUCGAGGCGGUGAAUUCAUUGCUGCGUGAUUAUCGCACCAGCAGGUAAAAGAACCUGCAAAAACCUGUGCCUGAACGCGGCAAAGCCUUCCGUCACGUCACACACCGAGGAACGCAGGAAAACGAAACGGGCCAAAUGAACGACAAUAUCAAGUACGAGAUGGACAUGAAGAUGGAACCGUCCAGCCCGCCGGAGAAGGAUCGCAACAUGUACUCGCGGUGCUCGAGCGCGGGCAGCAUCCACACGCCGACCUCCUCCGCCCACAACUCGGAGGAUGAGGAAGACUCGGGCGACAACAAGAGCAGCACGAUGAGCUACAAGGAGCGCCGGCGGGAGGCGCACACGCAGGCGGAGCAGAAGCGGCGCGACGCGAUCAAGAAGGGGUACGACUCGCUGCAGGAGCUGGUGCCGACCUGCCAGCAGACCGACGCGUCCGGCUACAAGCUGAGCAAGGCGUCCGUGCUGCAGAAGUCGAUCGACUACAUCGGCUACCUGCAGCAGAACAAGAAGAAGCUCGAGGAGGAGCGGGCCUCGCUGCAGAAGGAGGUGAUGGCGCUGCGCAUCAUCAAGAAGAACUACGAGCACAUGCUGCAGCACCAGCAGACGUCGCCGGGCCGGACCGAGGCCCGGCUGAGCGACGAUGUGAAGUUUCAGGUGUUCAAGGCGAUCAUGGACGAGAUGUUCGUCACGUUCGAGCAGCUGCCGAUGAGCGACUUUGCCGAGCUGACGUCCGGCGUGAUACCGUGGCUGGAGGAGCACUGCAAGCCGCACCUGCUGCGGGACGUCGUCAACCGGAUGCUGGCCCACAUCACCGCGAACUGUACCGCGGACAGUGGGGCGCCCGACCUGGGCAACCGGGAGAUGAACUAAGAGAGAGAGAGAGAGAGAGAGAACGAGCGAGUCAUCGCACAUUCGUUAUUAUGCACUGUUUGCUGUUGUAAAUGUUUUUUCUCCCUAUAUCCUUUUUUUAUGUUGUUACUCAAUGCUCAGGAACAGUAUUGGACGUGUCUGGGCGGAUAUAUCUAUACAUCACAAACAAAAAGCGUACGAGCAUGUUUGUUAUACGUGGGAGGGUCUUAGCUGCCGAUUAUUCAAUGGGAAAAAUAGAUUGGUUAAUAUAUAUAUAUAUAUACAUAUACAAACGUAAAUCGCAAAGGAUGCAGGAUUUGGUAUUGUAAGCUCAAUUGCAAGCGUUUCAAUUUUGUGCGAUACUCGUUCUUAAUAAGUUUAGUGCGUUGGAUUUGGGCUAAAUAGUAGUGUUGGGUCAAUCAGAUUCAGAUUCAUGAAUCUGAAUGAAUCUUUGAAAUGAUUCAAUGGAUCUGAAUUUCGAUUGCAUUGGGAUCAUGUGAAGAUCAUGAAUCUCGAAUCUCGAAAGAUUCAAGAAUCGUAAAGAUUUAUGAAUCGCAAACAUUUAUGGAUCUCAAAGAUUCAUGGAUCUCGAAAGAUUCACGAAUCUCUAUGGAUUCAUGAAUCACAAGUAUACAUGAAUUUCCAAAAACGAAAAAAUCAUGAAUCUCCAAAGAUUCACGAAUCUCUAAGUAUUCAUGAAUCUCAAGAGAUUCAUAAGACUCCAAAGAUUCAGCUACAGAGCUUGAGUUUCUUAUAACCUACAACCUACGUGGUCAUGGCGUAACAACCUACGUGGUCAUGCCAGCCAGCCACAGGCUCUCGAGACUUCUUAGCAAGUACCACGCACCCCGAUAGUUUGUUUUUCUACAAGGAGACGGUCCAUGUGAGGCUUGAACCAACGACGUGCAUGUUGUUAAGUCGGGCGAGUUAACAAAUAUGAGAAUGUUCAAAUUCAACAUUUUUAUAAAACAUACCAAGUCUACAGGUUGAUGAAUCUCUGAAGAUUUGUGAAUCUUAAUGGAUUCCUGAAUCUUAUAGAGAAUCCUUUGGAGAUUCAUGAAUCUAUACAGAUUUUUUUUGCAGAUUCAUGAAUGUUUAGAAAUUCGAUUCGAGACUCGAAAGAUGAAAUGCUGAAGAUUCACAUGAAUGAAUCUCAACGAAAGAUUCAUGAAACACUAACACUAACUGAAGCUAGCUGCCUCUUUGAUACCCUUUCAAUUCGUAUCCUAUAAGAUACAUAGGGUGUACUUAUAAUCUCGACUGAACUGUUCGGUCUGUUUUCAAUAUUUGUAUUUUUCACAUUUUCAAUACCUUUCAAUUGAUCUGGUCAAGAAUUGGCUGUGGUGUGCAUAGUUUUGCGAGGCUUUGGCACCAUAGGAUUUCGUUCGCCGCUUUUCAAGAAUUGGUGCGAGAAUAUCAAAUUCUUAUAAACGAUCUUUUCAACAUGCAGUGUGCACAAAACUCCUUCAACGACUCGUUUCAGCAAGUUUGCCAAAAGUCCGAUCAAGACCGAUUUAUACUUAGUUUCUCCAACUAUUCCAGGAAUAACUCCAGACGAAAUCUCCAAUGUGAAAUGUUCGCCCCAACACGCGUUGCACUCGUACUUUCAUAUUGGGUUCAGAGGUCCAGAGUUCUUCAAGAUUUGAAUUAUUUUUAAUGAAUCCGUUAAUAUCCGCGACAAACGACAUUAGAGACGUCAAGAGCCUAUAUCCUGAUAGGUCACGACUGAUACUAACUAAAGCUGCCUCUGUUAUACCCUUUCCAUUCCAUUCAGAAUUCACGUUCGUUCAUUUAGGCUGUAAGGCAGAUGUUUGAACGUUCUGUCACGUGUUUUUUUUUUAAGAUUGAUCAUCACGCGAGGUCCUCUUUGAUGUCUAUCAGACAUAUUCUAUUCUUACAAUCGAUUCUUUUCGACGUCGGGUUUGAAAUAUUGCCGGGUAGAACCCUGGCGGGAAAUGGAUCGAUAACGAUGUGUUGGUUAUUUUGAGGAUUUUUUUGCUAUAAAUGAUAUGUUUCCUGAUAUGUGCGACUACUUCGGACUACUACACACAGGUUCUAGUAAAAAGUUAUUUAUUUGGAGGUCAACUUAGCAGUGAGUAUGUGAUGUGCUAUAGAGCAGCUUAUAUACUCUGUAUGGUUGCAAUGAGUUACCAUUUCCUCUUCGUUUUCCAUUAUCUUUGUGGUAACUGGUAUCCAAUAUGAAAAAAGAGAGACACCCUUUAAAUUA